GUUUCUCUGGGAAAACAGCUCAACACUUCCUGAUGGUUUCAGCUCAGACCUGAUCAGAAAGAAGUUCGGCCUCAGUUAUAAUGUUUCUUUCCUGUGUUUCCGUGAGGAUCUGAGCGGACUCAGUGGACCUCGUCCCCCUCCCCCCGUCCCCCCCGGAAAGCUUGGACAGCGGCACACGAGUGAGGAGGCUACAGCACAGCGUUGGACAGGUUCUCGCUUCCAUGGCAGCCGUGUCAGCGGUGUGGAUCCCCGCGCUGUCCCUGCUGCAGCUGGCCCACUGCGCGGUGGUCACCUUCAGGCGCGCACCAGGAGAGCCGGUGUUGUUGGACGAGCAGUCGGCCACCGCCUUCCUGUCCCGCUCGCUGCUCUAUAACAGCUGGGACUUUGAGCUGCUGGUGCCUGACAACCUGGAGAGGGAGUGUUACGAGGAGAUGUGCAGCCGCGAGGAGGCCAGAGAGGUGUUUGAGGACGACACUAAGACGGAAUUAUUUUGGACCAGCUACGUCAACAGUCAAGAGUAUGCACCCAGAGUGGAUGUGUCAGGGCUGGUGGCAGGGAUCCUGGCUGUCCUAGUGUCUGCUGUUAUUGCCACCGUGCUGGGAAUCUACUGCUACAAAGCCAAGAAGAAGGGUGGGCAGAGGUCAGCCCAAGCUCCAGUGAGGAUGGCAGCAGAUGGGCGUCCAUCCGCGGAGGUGGUCCCCCUGACUUCGAUCACCGCCCCAGGUCUACCGAGCUACCACGAGGCUCUGAACCGCAGUGGGCAGCACGAUGCCCCCCCGCCUCCUUACUCAGGGGGUGCGCCAUCAGAGCCCGCUGAUCCUGGAGACAACCAAUGAGGGGGCUAGCAGAGCCUCUUUAUAUGGCUGAUGGGAACGAGUGGUUUGACUCCACUUUUAAGUAUUCCAUGUUGUCUUUUCACACACACACACACACACACACACACACACACACACACACACACACAUAGAUGGAUAGAUAGAAAUAGAUAUAGAAAUAUAAAUACAAGAUAUAGAUAUAUAAUUUUUUUUACUGUCUUUGUGAAUGAAGUUAGGACACCUGAGUCCCAGUUCCCAGAAUGGACACCUCUGACUGUACUGACACUGGCAGGACAGGCCACUACUCUGUCCACUACAGACGUAGUGGACAGGGAGGGGUUCAUGUUUGUGCUUUCGCCCAUUCACCCAUUUGUAACAAAAGACAGUCACUUCAUAGAGAUGAAUGGUCCUUCAUAUUUUAUAUAAUAAAUCACGUAACAAUCACACACA